AGGUUUUUUUAUUUCAUUUUUUGUUGAACAUUUGUUAUUGCUACCAGUCUUUUUCUGUUCAAAGUGGUUGGAAGAACUUUAAAUGUAUUCCACAGCAGUGGAAGAUGACGGCUGAAGUUUGAUGACCGUUUUGUUUUCAACCUUCUGCACUGCAAUCUACAAUUUUAUUGAUCAAAUUUUAAAUAUAUUUUUUAGAUAAAAGAUGCGUCUGUAUCUCUGUUCACCAUUCAAGAAUCUCUGUUUAUCCUCAAAGUGUUGGUGAAAAUAUUCUGAAUGGACAGAAAUCCUUCCUGUCGUGCUUUUUGUUUAUGGGAAUAACUUAGUAUUCACUGGAAAGAAUUGAAAGAAACCAAAGUUGAGGUUGCUUUUUAAACUAGACUUUGUCUUUUUUGUUGUUUCACAAAUGAUCUGUAAAGUGGCAAUACUGAAAUAAAUUGAGCAGUUUGAUGAAACAAACAGCACAUGCAGUAGAAGACAGACUGUGAGCUUGUUUCUGUUGUUUGGCGUGGUUUUGUGUUGUCAGAAGGGUUCAAGUUAAUAAGGAAAAUACUUAAUAAGAUUAGUUAUAUUUAACUCAAGCAGAUUAAAAAUGACAUAUCCAAACAUUUUAACAAACUCAACAGAGAGCAAGUUUGUGUGUUGGCAAAAAAAAUUCCUUUAGGGGUCAUGUUGGGUUAGAAGGAAGAAUCGCUGUGGAUAAUUUUUCACUGUGUUCAAUACUUUUUUUCUUUGACAGUAAAUUAUUUGGAGAAACAUCUUGAGUUUUACAUUUAAUAUGUGAGAUAUUGCAGGUUGAGCAAAAUUUUGCAACCAGCCUGAAAGCUGUUUUCAGCAAUUUGUGAAAACGUGUCCAAUUUUGUAACUCUCUUGUUUUUUUUUUUGUUGUUUAAUGCUUUGUACUGCAUAAUCUGGGGCAGAAUAUGUAUGAAUAAGUCUCUAUAACAUGGCUUUGUGAGUCAGAGGAAGUGAGAGGUAGUAUUUCUUUUGCACCGCCGGUGAAUUUACGCACACAUACAUACGCAAGACUCUUCCCCUGAUCUUUACAGAAUUAUGUCACCUUGAGUGGCUUUGGUGCCAGUUUUGCCAGCUUGCGUCAUAUAGCCAAACAAAGUGGAAAUAAAAUCAAAGCCUUGCAAAAUUUGGCAAACAAGAACAUGAAAAUGCACUAAAGGGGAAAGAAUGGUAAAUAUUCAUGUGAAACAUUUAUUUCAGGUGAAGUGAAAGCAAACUUUAAAGUUUUCAAUUCUAAAAACCUCUUAGCAUUUGAUGCCUAUUAAGAUUAUUGACUAAGUUAUUUACAAGCUUUACAAAACUUUCAAUGAAGGUCUCUCUGCAGCAGGAGUGUAGUGUAGGGCACCCACUAGUGGCUGUUGGGUACAACUUCAGCCUGGUGGAAAGGAUUCAAGUAAACAAUGUACAAAGAAUGACUCUGAAUACACAAUUUUUUUCUAGAUUUCAUUGUUUAUUUUUCAAUAUUAUUUGAAAUAGAAUUUAAGUCAGAAGUAGUCGAUAAUUCCACCAAAUAGUAGAAUAAAUAGCUAAACAAAACAGGAAAUAUGUGAUGGUUUAGGACAGAUUGGACAAUUUAGCUAUUUAAAAGUGCCAAAAUUUCCCUUAAUCUAAUUCAGAAGUCCUUUCAAUGAGACGCCAGAGAACGUGGCAGAGUGUCCAGAGGUUCAGAAUCUCACAUCAGGCCUUCCCUAACAUCCUGCUAUAGUGCAAGCAGAGUAGAUCCUCUCAGCCUCGUGUCAGGAGAGACCCCGUGCAGGCCUACCUGUCUGCCUGGCUGCCCUGCACAGCAGCUGUCCGAUGAAAUCACAUCUAAAUGCAGGAGCUCAGCUCUGGGUGUCCCCCCUUACCCAUCACUCCCGUGCUGGUCAAAUUAAAAUGCCACAGGCUUCAUUCACCUUCCCUGCCUCUGUCAUGGCAGCUCUCUGCUGAAUCAACCCAGCCACUGUAGGCAGGGACGAAAACCAGGGAGGAAUAUGGGAUUAAAAUGCAUGGAUAUUAAACUCAGUUAUAAAAGGACGUGUUGAACUUGGAAAUUGCACCCAGAGAGCUUCCAAUCCCGUCAAAGCUGUGUUUCAUGUUCACCACGAAGAAAAAACCCCCACAUCUUUACUUUUUUCUUCCACUUAACCUUCCACUAAUAUGCUGGCAUUUCACUUUGCGUCUAAUCUAUCUACACAAUUAGUUUAAUUUUAUUAAGUAAUACUAAAAGAAAUUACCAUUAUGAUGCUAUUCUUAAUUAAUUCUAGAGUACGUCUUUAAAAUCUGCACGUUACAUGUAAGUAUCAACUAUAUUUAAGUGUAUAACAGCACACUAAUGAAUGCACACAUUCAUUAGUGUGCAUUUGUGGCUACUAAUGAAUGUUUGCAGCCUCUGGCAAAGCCCAGUUCUCUGACACAUUGUAGAGAGACACCCCCCUUGCUGUUAUUUCUGGUUUUCUUAUACAUUAUGUAGUGAGCUAUUAUAUAAAGGGCUGCCUCCUGUUUUUUUUUUCUUUUUUUCCUUGCAACUACCCCCUCUCUUCUGGUCCUUUCCCUUAGUGGGAGGAUAAUCUGGAAUCCUCUCAGAAAAGCUUUGAUCUCCCACUCAUGCUCCCCAGUUCGAACAAACAACGUUGGAUCUAAAGGCUCCUACAGAUCUCUGUUUACAGUUUCCAAUUGAUUGGUUCUGACAUGACAAAUGCCAUGUUUUCUCUUUAGCAAACCGCUGCAGCCUUCCUCUCUGGGGCUCCACAAAUAAUAAUCUUGACAGAAAUUGCCAAAAAAUCAAAUUCACACCUUGAAAUGGAGCACUGGUACUGAUGUAAGAGUGGAUUCCAGUCAGGUGGCCCCAGCCUUGUACAUUGCAGCACCUGCACCAAGGACAGCUCAUUGAUUCUUUCGGGAAGGCGGGCAGAGAGAUUGAUCACUGGCAGAAAUUGACACAUAAGUGGUAAAGAGCCUGGAAUUGAUGAGGCGGAGGGAGGGAAUGGGGCACACUGGAUGCGAUGUGUGUGGUGUGUCCUCGUGACAGCUCAGCAGCUUCACCGCAUGAAGAAAAAGGGAAAGCCUCUUCUGCAUUUCUCCCCUUCAGUUUUUCUGUUAAAUGAGUAAAAAAAAAAAAAAAAGAUGUACUUGUUCUCUUAUGCUGUUUCUAUGGUCACACACACACUCCUCUCAAAGCCAAAGACAUAAAGCCGCAUCCGUCCCCAGUUUGGGGACAGACGCAAUUAUCUGCCAUCUCUCUGCUCUUUUUCUUCUUUUCUUAUUUUCUCACCUCCUCCGACCAGCUUUCCCACUCCGCUUGUUAAAAAUAGCCAUCCACAGACACCCUGUUGGCAUCCAAUAUUAUUAUGGGAUGCAGAUAAUGAACAGGCGUAUGAGGUCUAUACAAUGGCCGCCACACUUGGUUGUCAGGAGACAACAGAGGACUCGAGAAGAGGGGAGUUGAAGAGGAGCAGGCGAUAGUGGAGAUAAUGGCGAUUAAAAAUACAGUUCACACAGGCUCACAUUCCUCAAAACAUGGCUCAUUGUUUCACUGUAAAGGAGGAGGGUUUGUUUUUACUUCCUAAUUACAAUCCCCUUCACUGGAUGACUUGAUAUAAGUGGCUUUAAAGAGGGGAUUAGAAAGGCUGAAAAUUGAAAAGUAUGUAAAUUAUUUUUGGGAGGAAAAAACGUGGAACUCAUAUCUGCUUCAAAACUUCAUACAAGCUGUAAUUAGGGCGCCCCCUCUUCCUAUUUCUGUCAAAUCAUAUGCUCCGAAAAGAGUGUUGCUAUGGCUGGCAGAUAGUGAAAGGGGAAAAAAGAGAUGGAAAAGGGGAGAAAAAAAACACAGAAAGAUAGACAAGCUGGGAAAGGAGGGGGAGAGAGAGCUAAAGGGAGAGCAGCGAGGCGAGACAAAUCCAGCGGAGGAACCCCCCCUCCAGUCAGAUGAACAUCGCUGCCUCUCUCCCUCCUCCUCCUGUCUCCAUCGCUGUGUUUUUCCCCUCCUCCCUUCCCUGCUUCCUCUCCAUUAUUCAUCAGUACGCCGAGAGUCCCCAGCUCACGGCUCCAACAGCUGCUGCUGCCUCUUCAGCCCCGUACAGCUGGAUCUUCUUGCUGAUUUUCCAAACAUCUUAUCAAUCUAUUUCCUCCAUCUGCAAGCAUGGAGAUUUGGAACUGGCCCUUUUCUGCUGAGAGGGAGAGCGAGCCAUCAUAAAGCUGCUCUCUUUGCUGUCGAGAAGAGAAGAUAGAGGAUUGUUUUUUUUUUUGGUGCCAAAAGAAUCCUGCUUGACUUCAGUAAAUUUUUUCCCCUAUUGGAUUACAGUUCUGGCUUUGUGUAGGAACCAAACAACGGGGUCCAAAAUGCCUGAAGCCAACUACCUGCUGUCGGUGUCUUGGGGUUACAUCAAGUUUAAGAGAAUGUUGAAUCGGGAGCUGACGCACCUAUCCGAGAUGAGUCGGUCUGGGAAUCAGGUUUCCGAAUUCAUCUCCAACACCUUCCUAGAUAAACAGAAUGAGGUGGAGAUCCCUUCACCGACAUCCAAAGCGCGAGAGAAGAAGAAACAGCAAAAACAGCAGCUGAUGACGCAGAUCAGCGGGGUUAAGAAGGUUUCCCACGGAUCGUCACUCUCCAACAGCAGCAUAUCGCGUUUUGGCGUCAAGACCGAUAAAGAAGAGCAACUGUCUAAGGAGCUGGAGGACCUGAACAAAUGGGGUCUAAACAUCUUCACAGUUUCAGAAUACUCCAACAACCGACCUCUGACCUGCAUCAUGUACGCCAUAUUCCAAGAGCGAGAUCUGCUAAAGACGUUCAAGAUUCCAGCUGAUACAUUUGUGGCCUACAUGAUGACACUAGAGGAUCAUUAUCAUGCAGAUGUGGCUUACCAUAACAGUUUGCAUGCUGCUGAUGUAGCCCAGUCAACGCACAUCCUUCUCUCUACUCCCGCCCUGGAUGCGGUCUUCACAGAUCUUGAGAUCCUAGCGGCCAUCUUUGCUGCAGCAAUUCAUGAUGUUGACCAUCCUGGAGUAUCAAACCAAUUCCUAAUCAAUACCAACUCUGAGCUAGCCCUGAUGUACAACGAUGAGUCUGUGCUGGAGAACCAUCAUUUGGCUGUGGGCUUCAAGCUGCUACAGGAAGACAACUGUGACAUCUUCCAGAACCUCACAAAGAAGCAGAGACAGUCCCUCCGCAAAAUGGUCAUUGACAUGGUUUUGGCUACUGACAUGUCCAAACACAUGAGUCUGUUGGCUGAUCUGAAAACUAUGGUCGAAACCAAGAAAGUGACCAGCUCUGGAGUGCUGCUGCUAGACAAUUACACAGACAGGAUACAGGUGCUGCGAAACAUGGUACACUGUGCCGAUUUGAGCAACCCCACAAAGUCGUUGGAGCUGUACCGUCAGUGGACUGACCGGAUAAUGGAGGAGUUCUUCCACCAGGGAGACAGAGAGAGGGAGAGAGGGAUGGAGAUCAGUCCCAUGUGUGAUAAGCACACAGCCUCUGUGGAGAAGAGCCAGGUGGGUUUUAUUGACUACAUCGUGCACCCCCUGUGGGAGACCUGGGCCGAUUUGGUUCACCCUGAUGCUCAGGACAUUCUGGACACCUUAGAGGACAACAGAAACUGGUACCAGAGCAUGAUUCCCCAAAGUCCCUCACCGCCCUUUUACGACCAGGGCACACAUGGACACAGUGGAGGCACAGGAGGACAAGGAGGAGGGGAGAAAUUUCAAUUUGACUUGACAUUGGAGGAGGAAGACAUGGACGGGAUGGAAAAAGACUGUGAUGGGGAGGAUGAGGAAGAACUAGAGGUGGAGGAUAGUCUUGUAAAUUCUCGCUCGCCUCCUCCAGACUAUUUGGACAGUCAGGCAGAGGAAGAAGAUGGCAUGAUUGAGCCAAUGACGGCAAUAGAGAUUGUGACGCAUGAAGCCUCACCCACGGACACAUAGGGCUUCCGACAACAGGCUCUCAUGGUGGUUUGAAAGUUUUUUGAAAAGAGGGGGAAUACCCUCUUGCAGCUGUGCUUUUUAAUAAGCCGACAGAAGCAAAGGCUUAGUUUAGGCCCGCACAGGGGCAACUUGCACUUGGGUGUUUGAAGCCAGACACAGAUGGACAGUUUUACAGAGGUGGCUUCAGAGUUCUCAGGAAUUAUUUGCUGCGAACAUUUUAGUCUCGAUGGACGAGAGAGGAACUUGAAGGAUUUCAGCCAGUUUAGAAAUUGGCUCAUUUUCCUUUCUGGACUGGCAUUAUAUGGACAAUGACACUACUGAGAGAAGUUUUGUACCUUAAGAGGUUUUUUUUUCUACAGAUAUAAGAUCUUGAAGUAGCAUAGAUUAAGAUCUACUGAUGGAGACACAUUUGUAUAGCAAGAAGAAGUGUUUACUUAUUUCCGUACCAUUUGUCAAAGGACUUUUUGUGUGCCUUUUUUACAACUGUCUUUAUAAUAGUUUUUUAUUUAUUGAACACACUAGUGUUUGUUUCCUUUAUGACAAAAAAGAGAAAAACUGUUUUUGUAUGGUAAAGAGCAAAGUCUUCCACAUACUGGGCAAUAGAGAAAUCAAAGCAAAUGUUGACAAACAGUUCUUAGACUCAUCUACAGUUAAUGGGAAAAUGUACACCAGAAUCACUCAAUAUGAUUUCUAUCUGAGCACAGACAGUCUACACAUAUGUUCAGAUAUGGUUCAUGUUACAAAUUUGAUAAGUUGCUUUUUGUAUCAGUCAAUGAAUGUCAAUAUUACACAUUAACACAUCUCUUUCCAUCCUACACCUUUUGUUUUUGCAAACCAUUGAGCUUCACUUCUGUUUCUUUCUUUCCAUAGCUUCAAAUUUUUAGGUAUUCUUUCAAUUUCUAUAUCGUUUAAGGAAAUAUUUUGGUCUAGUUUGAUCUUUUAUGACAUUUUAAGAGUAGAUAUGCAAUCAACGAUGAAACAAAUGUCUCCUGACAUCCAGUUGCUCGGAUCAAUGGUAAAAUAGAAAAAUAAGUCGGCCAAGGACAAAAUGCACAACAGUGGUGAAUCUAUUUUUAGCUCCCAGGUAUGCUCCUGUCCUAAUAAUCCUGUUAGCCAAAAGAGGUUCAGAACCCAGAUCUGUCUGAUGUAACGCUCCCCUGCGUUUCCUGCAAUCAGGACCAGACCAGAUGAUUAAAGCUGCAAUUACAGUAGCCUGUCUAAAACACGCUGAUGGACAGAAUUCACCCUCCAGGCUCUGGCACAAUGACCCUGUAAAGCCAGGACAAGUAUUCCUUCCUCGUGAUAAAAAUCUACUCAUUGACGUCAGCUGGCUUCCCGGCAGGGUAGUUGAAUUCCACGCAAUGCAGCAAAGCUUUGGAACUGUGAAGAAACUAGAAAUCACCCUGGAAGCUUAAAAAUGGUUUGCAGACCUUCCUACAUCUGAUCAUAAUGAGUGUCCUAGCUGCAUUAAUAUCCUUACAUAACUUUGAUAUAGGUUUACUGAUACUCAAAGGUACUUAGUUUAAUUUCCCAAAAGCAUGCUUAAGUGGCAAUCAUUUGAGUGUGGUAUGUAUGUUUUAUAUGGGAGUGUGUUGUCUGUGUGUGUUUGGAUCAGGCCUUACCAUCCCCAAGUCACUCCAUAAAUUUGAUGUUUGUCACUAUGAGCUCAAGUUGGUCCUUUUUGCUGUUUAUAACAGUGUGUAUUUAUUCUCUACUUUACGCUUGUAAAUAAGAAAUACUGGUUUAGUGUAAAAUCUAUUUUAAUUUAUAUGCACUUGCAUUACCUGGAAGUGGUGGUGUCUAAUGUGUAGAAGACUCUGGAGUGGAGUCUUUUUUUUAUAUAAAUGUAUAUUGUUUUUAUAUAAAUAUAUCUAUAUAUAAUUAUAUCUAAGAAUAUAUUCGCACAAAGUUUCGAGUGCCCAGCAGAGCAGCAGCUAAAGAGGCUUGUUGUUGUCAUAUAAAACCCUUGAAACUACAUUUUUUGUUACAUGAAAGCUACAUUUGUUUUACAUAAUUAAAAAGAAUAUAUUGCUAAUGAUGCACAAACAUAAACCAAAACUAUUCUUGAAUUUAAUAAAUAUAAUAAAUUCAACAGAGAUUCCUAUAUUUUAUUUAGCUUUAAAUCAAAGCCUGUUUCUAGUUAAUUAUCUUGGGUUGGAAGGCUUUUAUUUGACAUCAGCAAUUUGAUAACCAAAAGGCCACAUGGGGGACAUUUUAAACUUUAUAGGCUUGGAGAUAGGAUACAUACAAGUUAGCUAAAGAAUACUGAAGCAUAGGUAUUGCUAAGUUCCAGAGUACACACAUAGCUUAAGUUUGUCAGAUUUGACAGCUUAAAUAAACCAGGCAGAUGUUUGACUGACAAAGUGUUCGUUUCUUUCUCCACUCAAUGCACUUCACCUAAAGUAGAGGACAUUAUCAGUAGCAUGCUGCAAUAUGCCCAGCACUGAUUGUUCUGAGUUGACAACAAAUCCUGAUCUUAUGUAACGGACUGUGCUGAUGUGUGAACUCUUCUGACCAAAUGUGUUAGCAGUUUUGACAGACAAAUUUGUCAGUAUUAAUGUUAUCUAUGUUCAAGCUUUUUUGGUCCUAGUUGUGUCCAAAUGGUUAGCCAGAUUUAGCACUAUCUGCAUGAGAGAUGGAUUCUUUUAUUUUUUAUUGUUCAUCUGUUGAAGUCCACCAGUUGUUGGUGGGUUGAUAAAUGUUUCACACAAUGUAUGGUAUGAUAUUGUAUAUUGUGUUUAAAAAUAAAUCUGAAAUACUUUUUUAUCAAGUGAUUAAAAGCAAAGCAUGAAUAUAA